GCUGUGGGCUGCUGUGCUCUGUGUCUCUGUGUGUGCUUGUGUGGAAAGCAGACGCUGCUGGUUUCAGAGUUCAGACUCUGUAGGAGCCUCAAAGGUGAAAGCAGGCGACGUUUCAAAUCCCACAAGUAUCCUUCUGCCUGUCUGGAUUGGUAUUACUUUUCCAUGCUAUGGUUGCGGAGUGCUGAUUUUGAUUUUGAGUGCUUCUGACUUGGCCUUGCCAGCAGUGCUAGUGGAAGUGGUGAGCUACAGGGCUGCAUGUCAUGGGCUGCGUCUUUUCCCUGCCAGAGAACGGGAGAGAUGCUCCUGAAAGAGCACCAACCACACGAGAGACGAGUUUCAUCGAGAAAAUGAAGAAAACUGGGAAGAAUAUUAUUGUGUUCUACGGCUCUCAGACGGGAACAGCGGAAGAAUUUGCCAACAGGCUGUCCAAAGACGCUCAGCGCUACGGCAUGAAAGGAAUGGCUGCUGAUCCAGAGGAGUAUAGUAUGGGUGAACUGUCCCGUUUGUCUGAGAUCACAAACUCCCUCGCCAUAUUUUGCAUGGCCACUUAUGGUGAAGGAGAUCCAACAGAUAAUGCUCAGGACUUCUAUGACUGGCUGCAGGAGAACGAUGACGAAGACCUCUCUGGACUUAACUACACUGUAUUUGCUUUGGGCAAUAAGACUUAUGAACACUACAACGCAAUGGGAAAUUAUGUGGACAAAAGGCUGGAGGAACUGGGUGCCAAGCGAAUCUUUGAUCUUGGAAUGGGAGACGAUGAUGGCAAUUUGGAAGAGGACUUCAUUUCAUGGAGAGAGCAGUUCUGGCCUGCAGUCUGCGAGCACUUUGGAGUGGAGGCGUCAGGAGAUGAGACAAGCAUCCGGCAGUAUGAGCUGAAGGAGCAUACUGACAUCAACGUGAACAAAGUGUACACAGGAGAGAUUGGCCGCCUGAAGAGUUUCGAGGUCCAAAAGCCACCCUUUGAUUCAAAAAAUCCUUUCCUGGCUCCAGUCACUGUCAACCGCAGACUUAACAAAGCUGGUGACAGACAUCUCAUGCACCUGGAGUUAGACAUAACAGGCUCCAAGAUCAGAUACGAGUCGGGAGACCACGUUGCAGUUUUUCCCACAAACGACACUGCACUGGUGAACAAGUUGGGAGAGAUCCUUGGCGUGGACCUUGAUGUGGUUAUCUCUCUCAACAACCUUGAUGAGGAGUCCAACAAGAAGCACCCUUUCCCCUGUCCCACCACCUACCGCACAGCGCUCACUCACUACCUGGACAUCACCAACACCCCUCGCACCAACGUUUUAUACGAGCUGGCACAGUACGCGUCCGACCCCAAAGAGCAGGAGACUAUGCGCAAGAUGGCUUCCUCCUCCCCUGAAGGAAAGGCUCUCUACCAGAAUUGGGUACUUGACUCCUGCAGAAAUAUCCUCGCCAUCUUGGAGGAUAUGCCUUCUUUGAAGCCUCCUAUUGACCAUCUGUGUGAGCUGUUGCCUCGUCUCCAGGCCCGCUACUAUUCAAUCGCCUCCUCCUCUAAAGUUCACCCUAACAGCAUCCAUAUCUGCGCCGUGGUGGUGGAGUACAAGACCAAGACAGGCCGCGUCAAUAAAGGAGUCGCAACCAACUGGCUAAAAAAUCAACUUGUCAACGGGCACAAAUCCACUGUUCCCAUGUACAUCCGCAAGUCUCAGUUCCGCCUGCCUUUCAAAGCAACCAACCCAGUGAUCAUGAUCGGGCCUGGCACUGGAAUCGCUCCUUUCAUGGGAUUCAUCCAGGAAAGAGCUUGGCUCAAACAGCAAGGAAAGGAGGUCGGAGAGACAGUGUUGUAUUUCGGCUGCAGACACAAGAAUGAAGAUUAUAUUUACCAGGAGGAGCUGGAGGAAGCAGAGAAAGACCGAGUCUUAACACAGCUUAAUGUUGCCUUCUCCAGAGAUCAGGAGCAUAAGGUGUACGUGCAGCAUCACCUGAAGAAAAAUAAGGAACACGUCUGGAAGCUGAUUCACUCAGACAAUGCUCAUAUAUACAUAUGCGGGGAUGCAAGGAACAUGGCUAAAGAUGUGCAGACGGCUUUCUAUGAAAUUGCAGAGGAAGUGGGAGGCAUGACACGCACCCAGGCCACAGAUUAUGUCAAGAAACUGAUGACCAAGGGACGCUACUCACAAGAUGUGUGGAGUUGAAGAGCCUCACACCCAACCUCUCUCUUCACUACUAAAGUUGUAGUUUUUAAAUGUCUCUUUGUACUGUUUGUCUUGUUCAGGACUGAAUAUAAAAAGAUUUAACUCUUGUUCAUUCUCACCCUGGUUCAUGAGGGCUACAGGUAGUAGAGGAUCAUGAGGCAGACUCUACCUCAGCAGAUUUUCAUCAAUCCAUUUAACAAUUUAAAUAUGUAUUUCUUACUCAUAUUUUCUACAUUAUCUUUUUGGACCACCAGCAUGUGUAUGCUCGGGCCCUUGCUUGAGUCGUGACAUCAGGCCAGUCAAAGGUUUGCCGCACUGGUUUCCAGAGACCAUCAAGGGAAUAAGUGUAACUGGAUGAUUGACUUCAUCUCUAGAAGUUUGGAGUUCUGAAAUAAGAACUUGCUAGCUUGAAAUUUCUUAAACUCUCUUCAAAUAAGAGCAAGAAAAGCAGAGAGCGUUCACUUCGAUCAGAUACAGAUUGUACAUGUGACACCAUGUGGGGCGAUGUAGCGUCACAUUGUUGAGCUAUGGAAAGUGUGAUCACUUGGAGCAGCUUUGACACGAUGGCAUGCAUAUUUCAGUUUCUCUCUGAGCAGAUCUAGUGGUGCUUUUAAAAGUACUAAAACUUGUACUUUUUUUUAAAGCUACUGUGAGGAAAAUAUUUGUAAUAAACUGCCAUCAUAGGUACAAUUAUGUUAAUCAGAUGUUCACAAGGGAGUUUUCCUUUUUAUGCACAUGCUUCUGUUCAUUUUAAUCAGUAAAGAUGAUUUGAGAGGCACAAAAAGUGAUGCAGAUGAGCUGAUCAUAUAUAUGUGCAUUUUAUUUCUAUUAGUUACUAAUAAACAUUAUGAAAUAUCAGUCUAUUGGUUCCCUGUGAUAUUUGUUAAAUGUUAAAAACAUUUAAAUGAUACAAUUUAAACCAGGUCUGACCUCCCAAAUGACUUUGCUUUUCAUGCUUCUGGCAGCAGAGAAGUAGGAGUUUAACUGAUGAUACAGCCAUAUCUCUCUUAUUCACUGCAUUUCUUUUGUGGCACAUGUACUAUCACAUAGAGAAAAUGAUCAGGCGUGUAGUUUGUUUCCUGCCAUGUGUCAGUUAUGAGAACAUAGGGGGAGAUUAGAAGUGAUCUGUCAACCUGUUGAAAUGCAGCAUGUGCCUUUUUUAAAAUUGCCUUAUGUAUGAAAUUAGCAUCAAAACCAUGCUUGUUCACUGUAACUUUUUUUUUCUUUCAUGCUUACAUUUUCAUAGAAAAUUAAAUUUUUCUGAGACACUUUA